GCGGCAGCCAUGGCACCCUGCAGCUUCACCCUCCUCCUCCUCCUGCUGGAUGUGCUGGUCUUCCCGGAGCACGGGCACGGCCUCCGGCGGCAGAAGAGGGACUGGGUCAUCCCCCCCAUCAACUGCCCUGAGAACGAGCGGGGACCCUUCCCCAAGAAGCUGGUGCAGAUCAAAUCCGACAAGGACAAGGAGACCAAGGUUUUCUACAGCAUCACGGGGCAGGGAGCAGAUACCAUCCCCGUGGGUGUCUUCAUCAUCGAGCGGGAGACGGGGUGGCUGGAGGUGACAAAACCCCUGGACCGGGAGGAGAAGGACAAAUACGUGCUCUACUCCCACGCCGUGUCGGCCAACGGGCAGCCCGUGGAAGACCCCAUGGAGAUCAUCAUCACUGUCACUGACCAGAACGACAACCGGCCCGUCUUCACCCAGGCAGUUUUCCACGGCUCUGUGCCAGAGGGAGCUGAGCCAGGCACAUCGGUGCUGCAGGUGCUGGCCACUGACGCAGACGAUGCCAUGAGCUCCAGCAAUGGCGUUGUGAGCUAUUCCAUCCUGAGCCAGGCGCCCGAGGAGCCCCAGCCUGGGAUGUUCACCAUCAACAGCACCUCUGGGCUGGUCUCCGUGGCCGUGCCGGGGCUGAAGGCAGAGGCGGUCCCUGAAUACACGCUGGAGAUCCAGGCUGCUGACCUGGGGGGAUUCGGGCUGCGAGCCACCGCCACCGCCCGGAUCAGGGUGCAGGCUGACGGCAUGUCUGGGGUGGGAAAGGGCACCCUGAGCACCCACGUGCUGAACACGGCCACGGGGCUGCCGGCUGCCGGCCUGGUCGUCCGCCUGGCCCAGCUGCAGGAGCCGGGGCUGCAGUGGACGGAGCUGGAACAGAGGCACACGGAUGCGGACGGGCGCUGCCAGCCCCUCCUGGCACCAGGACAGGCCAAGGCUGGCACCUACAAGCUGCACUUUGAGACAGCUGAGUACUGGCAGGGACUGGGGCACACCAGCUUCUACCCCUUUGUGGAGGUCGUCUUCAUCAUCACCGACCCGGCACAGAAGCUCCACGUCCCGCUGCUGAUCAGCCCCUACUCCUACACAACCUACCGGGGCAGUUAGAGGGGCACAGCCUUCUCCUGGGCACGCAGGAAUGACGCCACCGAGGCCAUUAAAAACUCCCAACAGC